CGCAGAUAGAUGGUAAGCGGGAGUCGAGAGGAUUGGGACUGAAUUCUGUAUGGGACAAGAACUCGUGGACGCCGUACAGUAAAGAACAUGCCCUCAUGCUGACCUCCAGGCGCUGACGAGAAAACCUCCUCCUCCCCCGCCUUCGGACGAUCACGCAGUUUGGCCGUCCGAGCCCAGCCCAGCAGUACUAUUGGCGCCAGCGUCUCCACCGAGGGGCGCUCUUCUCCUCCGAGACCGGCCGAGAAACCCCCGUCGUUCCCGCUACGCCCCCCCCCCUGCCUGCUCCUCCUGCCCUCACCGCUCUGCUCCUCUCCUGCGCUGACCGCCGACCUCGACCUGCCCGCCGCCAUGUCCAUCGCGCUCAAGCAGGUCUUCAACAAGGACAAGACCUUCAGGCCCAAGCGUAAGUUCGAGCCGGGCACGCAGCGCUUCGAACUGCACAAGCGGGCGCAGGCCUCGCUCAACUCGGGCGUGGACCUGCGCGCCGCCGUCCAGCUGCCGCACGGCGAGGACCUGAACGACUGGGUGGCCGUGCACGUGGUGGACUUCUUCAACCGCAUCAACCUCAUCUACGGCACCGUCUGCGAGUUCUGCACGGAGAAGAGCUGCCCGGUCAUGUCGGGCGGGCCCCGCUACGAGUACCGCUGGCAGGACGAUCACAAGUACAAGCGCCCCACACCACUGCCCGCCCCUACCUACAUGAACCUGCUCAUGGACUGGAUUGAGGUGCAGAUCAACAAUGAGGACAUCUUCCCCACCAGCAUAGGAAUCCCCUUCCCCAAGAACUUCAUCCAGAUCUGUAAGAAGAUCCUGUGCCGGCUCUUCCGUGUCUUCGUGCACGUCUACAUCCACCACUUCGACCGCAUGAUCCAGAUGGGCGCCGAGGCGCACGUCAACACCUGCUACAAGCACUUCUACUACUUCUGCACCGAGCUCAACCUCAUAGACCGCAAGGAGCUCGAGCCACUGAAAGAGAUGACCUCACGCAUGUGUCAUUGAACACCGGUGGGGCUUGCCAUCCUUGAGACCACACUUUGGAACCCCACCCUGUUUACAGGAGGUUGCCAUGGAGACCAGAGGGAGCACCAGCAGAACUGACUCUAAACCUUGAUGACAUCAUCAGGGCUCUGAGGGCCAGGAAGAAAACCUGCUGCCAGGGUUGAAAACAUAACAAGCCCUUUAAACCAACCCCACACACCCACCUUACCCCCCUCUCUCACCCUGGGCAUGGAGAGGGGCAGACUAACGUUUACGUGAAUAAGCGAAACAACACCACCUACUGGUGAAAUUGGCACUCUAUUGUGCUAUAAGGCUAAUUUCCACAAGAUGGCGAUCUUGUCCCAACUAUACUGUAGUUGAGCAAAUUUGUGGUGAAUCAGAGUAGUGCUAGAGGACCAUCUGCCUGGUUCUGAUUUUUCUGACUCUGAAUUACUGCUGAAUCUACUACAUAACAUGUUUUUUACUUUGGUCCAACUUGUACAUUGUCUCUUAAUUCCUGAUUUUUGCAAUGAUGUUGUGGACUCAUUAGUUUAUUUUUUUAAACAAAUUGAUCUUCCUACUAGUUUUCACAAAUAUUUUACUACUUCUAUGUGUUUAUAAUUUACUUGAGGUUUUUGGAGUGGAGACUGCCAAAUUUAAUUGUCAAUAUGAUUUUCCUAAAGUCAAGCUUGUUUUAAGUGGUUGGCCACCGCCUGUGUACUGAUAGGGGUUUUGACUAACUGACCUGUUAAAGUUGUCAGGAUGUUUGGACCUGCAGUGAGACUUUUGAUCAUUCUCUUUUUAAUUAUUAGAACUCAAGAACAAAGAGCAUUAAAGUUUGACAUAAAUGUUCGGUUCCUGGGAUAAGCAGCGUUUGCAGUGCAGUGGUAUGGUACGCAACAGGAUAACUCUGUCAAUGAGAGGCAGAGCAUUGAAUUGGUUCCAGAACUUUUUUUGGGGGGGUCUCUUUUGGUCACUAAGUGAUUCUUGGUAGCAUAAGGCAACAUGUACAGACAUGUUUGUGUUGUCAACCUCUGUCCAGGUCUUUGUCUAUGUAGUGAAAUAAAUUGUAAUUUUUGUUGUGUUGCUGCUUGUCACACAUCAUGUCAGGUGUGAUUCAACAACUCUGUUGAUAAUUCAGUACAAUAUUUCUGUGUGCGACCAGUUGUUUAACAAGGCCACACACAAACACAAAGUUUUUCAGUCUCUGCAAGCUAACCAAGAGUGUAGCAUUCCUGAAGUGGACUAUCAUUAACAACACUGACAUUUUGCUUUCUCUUUUUUCAUUGGUUUGUUGUUUCCUAUAAACCGCAGCUUGAACACCUCUGUUUCUUCACAUGUCAAUCUCUUGUUGUAAACUAAAAGAUGUUGAUGAUUCUAUGUAAAGCGAACAAUUGAAGCAAUAAAGAGUGUAUUUUGAUUCAA